AUGAGCAUGGUUGCCCCUCCGUCAACCUUCGCCGAGGCGGGAAUACCGCUGCACGCGAAGCUGCUCAGCGCUGUGGAGGCUGAUGGGCAGGCCAUCACGCCGACACCGCUGCUCAUUCGGGUUCUGCGACGGACAGCGCUUGACUUUGCCGACGUUAUCGUAGAUGGCCGCUGCGCAACGGGCACUCGCCAGGUGGGCAGUGCCGCUGCCGUUUGGGUCCACAACACGAACGCUAGAGCCAACGCCUCGCAAGCAGGAGCUGGAUCCUCUUCGAAAUCGCCGCAGCAGACGGCAGGCGGCAACAAGGCGUCAUCUCCGGGCACCGGAGACGCGAACAGCGACAAGACGGUGCCCCUGUACCGUACCGAGGCGGCGCUUAGCGAGUGCCGCUCACUCCUUGUCCUGUACACGCUGCACUGCCUCCUGAGUGCCACUCAGGAGCCGAGCACGGACGGUGGCCGCAGUAGCAGCGACAGCAGUGCCCAUGUCCGCGCGGAUGCGGAUGGGCGCGUUCAGCAGCUACCACUCGCCGCGCGUAACUGGGCACCGGAGGUGUCGAUCAUUCUCGCUGAGACGGAGGCGAGUGCGGUGGAGCUGCACUGCAUGUGCAAGUCUCUCGGUGAAACCUGUGGGCUCCGUUUGAAUGCUGUGCUGCAGGUCGGCGACAAACCCCCCGCAUCCCUCGUGCUGUCGCCCGCUACGCCAGUCACGGAGCAGGACACGGCAAAUCCCGAGGUCAGUGCUACGCCGGCUGGUGCCAGCGACGCCAGCAAGGAUGAGGAAGGCGGCGACAUCAGCCGCACCGCCAAGAAGACGACCUCAGCGGGUGCGCGGCCGCACCUGGUCUCCAUCAUCGUCACAACCGCACAAGGGUUUCUGAAGUGGAACUUGAGCGCGCUACUGAGCGCUGGCGUGGAUGUUGCUGUUGCCGGCAGCGGCACAGCCACGGCGGCUGCCGAAUCGGCAACAGAUGCUGCCAGCACUGGUGCCACAGCGGCCGCUGAACCCUCGCCGAGCCCUGAAAUGCGGCGGGUGCACCCCCACAUUGCAUCGAUCGUGGUGGAGGAGAUGGGAGGGGCGAGUGUCACCUCUCCGAUGGGGGUCGACAAGGCGGUGCAGCAGUGGCGCGAGGUGCACCACACUUUGUACGUGGCGGUACUGCGGCAGAACCCGCGCUAUGUGCCAGCGGCGCACCUGCACCCCCACUACAUGUGGGUCUGCCGUGGACCCGUUUCUCACCUGCCUGCCACGCUGCGGCAGUGCUUCAGCCGGCGCAGCCGUCGGUACUACCAAAUCCAGCCCUCCACGUACAUCAGCCCCUUGGCCGUUGCCCUUAUGCCGCACCCGCAUGAGGGGCUUAGCUCACCAGCCGAGUCUCUGGGUAUACGCCUCGUACUAUCGCAGAACCAGGCUGACAAGGAGGCGCAGCUGCGUCGCAUCGUGACGGACCGCAGCGGUCUCUUCCACCGUGUGCUUUUGCUCACGCACAACAAGGAGGUCGCCCAGCUCAGCGCUUUGAUCGCGAGCUGGGGUGUGUCAAAGGAAGCCCCAACCGCGUCAACGGUGUCGGCGUCGUCCUCGAACAGCGUUGUAUUUAGCCGGCGCAUGGACAGCCUAGGGGCUCAGCAGCAGUGCCACGCGGCGUACCUGCAGAGCUGCGAGGCGGCCGAGCGGGUCUUGCCAGCCGCAGCGGCGACGUCGUCGUUGUUGCCGUAUACCUCCCCUGUCGUCGUCACCCUCGUUGCGUGGGACGCGCUGACGUCGCUCGACAUAAUGGAUGUGGACGUUAUUAUCCAGUACUACCCACCUCAGAAGUCGCUGACGGACCAGGAGUGGGCGGAGUUCAUCCAGGUCCUGCACACCACCGUCGAUGGGGAGCGCGAGAUCGAGCUGUCGCUGCGGCAAAACCGCCAAAUCAAGGAGGGUAACAUUCAGGAGAAGCUGCAGCAGCUGCGGGAGGGCACGACCACGGGAGCAGCGAAGUCAGCGGAGGGAUCUAAGCAGCCGCAGCGUCCGCUGCCGGUGCUCGUGACACUGAUGUUGGCAGCGGACUUUACCCUCUCUGCUUACUUUCUUCACCAGUACAUGUACAGCGGCGCCACCGGCACCCUGACCCGCGCUGCCACAGCCACGUCACUCACGUCGACCGGCCCGGCUCCUGGCCGCCCGGGGGUGCAGGAGCCCGUGGAGUACCCGUUGCCGGUGCUAGACAUUUCUCCUAAGCAUCCGUACUUUAUUCCGCUAGUAUGCGGGCACACAGGUGACGUUGAGUGGCCAGCGACGGCACCCGGCUCACCACCGCGACCGCGCACCGCGACAGCUGGCGUCAACGGCGCUGAAGAAAACCUGAUGCUAACACUCACGUCAGGCGAGGCGAUUACAGUGAAAAAAGUCCUGGUGGCGAAGCUGCAGAAGGAGCAACGGCAGCUUGACGGUUUCACAAGCUUAUCGGGCACGGCCGCGGCGGCCAAUAGUGUGGGCUUCCCUGGAAACUCUUCUCUCGGUGCCGCUUCGUCACCAGUGCAGCUCUUGGCGCAGGGCAACAUUGCCAUGACUGCCAACGCUGCGAGUGGAGGGAGCGCCAACCUCAGCUCCAGCGGCAGCGGUGGGGCCGAGCGUAACUCUUUCGCAAAGAUGGUGAAAAAUUCUGGCGUAGCAACGGCAAACUACGCAUCUAGCGCCGCCGCCGGAGUUGCGAGCCCUGGCGCCGCGACUGCCACGGGUAUCGGUGCCAGCGGCGUGCGAGCUAAUAGCCGUGGAAAUGCCGGCGCAGGCACUGGUGCGGCCGACGGUAGUAGCGGCAACAACAACCAACGCCAGCAUCAGCAGCGCGGAGGCGGGGGUGGUAAGGAGUCCGCUUCAUCCGUCCAAAAUAGCGGUGGCGGUGGCAGUAACAGCAACAACAGGUGCGCACGCUCCUCGGCAGCGCAGAACAGCAACACCGGCGGCCGAGGCGGGAGCAAUGGAAAAGACGGCACCAAUGCAAACACCAACGGCAGUCCGAGCAACAGCACCUCUGCUGCUCAGGCUGCCGCAACAGCAUCUGGCGGUGUGAUCGCGCCUGGCAGCAGGAAAGAGAACGAGGCAGGCAACACAACAACACGAAGCCCGUUGGCAAGCAAGUCCGGCGCCUCGUGCCCUCAUGUCGCAUGCGCCGGGGCGAAAGAUGUGGGCAGCGGCAGUGGCGGCGAUGGGAAGAGCACCUCCAGCAAGCGCCGCUCCCGCAACACACGAGGAAAGAAGCAGCAACAGCCGUCUCCAUCAUCGAGCUGA